AUGCUUCUUCUUCAUUCGUUCGACACUGAGGAUGAGGACAUCGAAAUUCUUCUUGUGGAUGCUUUGAGCAAAAUUCCGUCUAGUGUUGAGUUGGGUUUUAAAAUUGACCUUGAAAGUUUGGACGAGCAAACUUGCAUCGACUUGUUUAGGUAACAGCGACUUGGAAUUAUAGUCGUCAAAACAAAGGUAGGGUAUGUAUUCGAACUCUCCGAACCUUCCAACUUUUCUUCUCAGGUUUAGCAAACACGAUCUUAGAGUGCUGCACGAUGCUCUUUCAAUACCUGCUGUGUACAAGUGUCCAAAUGGAACUGUGGCUAGUGGCUUGGAAGCACUGCUUAUCCUGCUACGAAGACUGACAUUUCCCAACCGUGUGUGUGAUUUGUGUCAGUUGUUUGGAAGACCCGAGGCGGAACUGAGUAUGAUAAUCCAUGAGGUG